UGCACUUGCAGUUACACACCACUGACAGAAGUUCUUGCGUCAACAGUGAUUGAACGGAACCUCUACAGUCGUCCCUGACAAACCCAUUUAUUUUUACAUUUUUGCUUUUAUCUGUGGAUAAAAAUCAAUCAGCAAGAUGGAGUCCUCUCAGAUCCGCCAGAACUAUCACCGUGACUGUGAAGUCGCAGUCAACCGGAUGAUCAACAUGGAGCUCUUUGCCUCCUACACUAAUAUGUCUAUGGCUCACUAUUUUACCCGGGAUGAUGUGGCGCUUUCUGGCUUUGCCCACUUCUUCAAAGAGACCAGUAAGGAGGAACGGGAGCAUGCCGAAAAGCUGAUGGCCUUUCAGACCAAGAGGGGUGGAUGCAUCUAUCUGCAAGACAUCAAGAAGCCGGAUAACGAUGAGUGGGGCAGCGGGCUGGAGGCCAUGAAGUAUUCCCUGCAGCUGGAGAAGAACGUGAACCAGGCCCUGCUGGACCUGCACAAGAUGGCGUCCGAAAAGAAUGACCCCCAUCUCUGUGACUUCCUUGAGAAACACUAUCUGCAUGAGCAAGUGGAGCUCAUCAAGAAGAUUGGUGACAACAUCACCAAUCUCACCAAGAUGGAUGCUGGCAAGGUCAGGAUGGCGGAAUACAUGUUUGACAAGCUCACCCUGGAGAGCAGCUAAAAUGAAGAUUUUUUUGUUGCCUAUUGUACCCACUAAUAAACCUGGUAUAUACACUUUAACAAAUUUAAAUGUCAGUAAUGUUAGAAUUGUUUAUGUGGUGCUAGACCGUACUAUUCUAUUCUAUCUGAAAGUCAAUGAAUUAUAAUACUGUGGGGCUCUGAGAAUGUUAAACUCUGAUUUUGGCAACCUAAGACAGAGUGAAUAAACAUUUCAAACUGCA